AGUUGUUUCAUUAGCAAUGCAUGAAGAGUGAUGAAUAGCAAAACCUUCCUGAUUGCAGGAUAGUGUCAAUUGGCUCACUUGCUCUUACUCAAGGUGACUGAAAACAUAGGAAGGCGAUUUUUUUGCGUGUCUUAUAUAGAGUUAGGAGUGAACAAAAGCUUGCGAUUCCAUAUAGUUUGCGUUAAUAGUGUUGAGAGCUAUGCAGCUCGAGAAUUGCACUAGUGGGCUCUCCAAGAAAUGUCUGAAUGUGGGCAGUGGCUACCCAAGCUCCGAUGGAUCUGAGCUAUCCUUGCACGACCAUCCUAUUAUAUCUGCUAGUGACAACCUGGAGAGAAGUUCAACUCUGAAAAAAAAUUCCAGGGGGAUGACGAACCAGUCAGAGGCUGACAAUUUCCCCGACUCCAAGGACGCAUCAGGGGACGUCCAGAGAGGUAAACUCUCUCCUGAUCUCCACGGAGUCUCUGAAAUUCGUCAUAAUUUCGAUGGAUCUACAGGAGAAAGGUAUACCCUUUCGCAAUCUAGCCAACCACAGUCAGUCUCAGCAACUCCAAGUACUAUGUUCCCCUAUCCGAGUCAACAUGGACCAGCGCACCCGGCUUUUUCUAUCGGGAGUCCGAGUCGUUAUUUGGCCCACCAUCCAGUCAUCACUAAUGGAGCGUACAAUAGUCUUCUGACCAACAGCUCUCCGCAAGGGUACCCAACCGCGGGUUACCCAUACGCACAACAGUAUGGACACACUUAUCAAGGAGGGGCGUUCUACCAGUUUUCCUCGGCGCAAGCUGGGCUGCUGCCUGGGAAAGCGCAGGUGUAUCUGUGCAACAGGGCCCUGUGGCUGAAGUUUCACAGACAUCAAACAGAGAUGAUAAUCACCAAACAAGGACGACGAAUGUUCCCCUUUUUGAGUUUCAACAUUUCUGGUCUGGAUCCGACGGCGCACUACAACAUAUUUGUGGAUGUUAUUCUUGCUGAUCCAAAUCACUGGCGAUUCCAAGGUGGCAAGUGGGUACCAUGUGGCAAAGCGGACACCAAUGUCACAGGAAACAGGGUGUACAUGCACCCUGACUCUCCAAACACCGGUGCGCACUGGAUGCGCCAAGAAAUCUCAUUUGGGAAGCUGAAAUUAACGAACAAUAAAGGAGGCUCAAACAACACCGGACAGAUGGUAGUUCUACAAUCGCUUCACAAGUACCAGCCCAGGCUCCAUGUGGUGGAAGUCAACGAAGACGGAACCGAGGACUCCAGCCAACCUGGAAGAGUACAGACGUUCACCUUCCCAGAAACACAGUUCAUCGCAGUCACAGCUUACCAGAAUACCGAUAUUACCCAGCUAAAAAUCGACCACAAUCCAUUUGCUAAAGGAUUUCGGGACAACUAUGACACUGUCUACACAGGUUGCGACAUUGACCGGUUAACACCAUCACCGGGUGACUCGCCUCGCUCUCAGAUCAUGCCUGGUGCGAGAUAUGCCAUGGCUGGUUCUUUCCUACAGGACCAAUUUGUCAGCAGUUAUGCCAAAUCUCGCUUUCACCCUGGCGUAGGGACUGGACCUGGCACGGACCGCAGCGUCCCACUUAGUAACAGCUUGCUAUCCCCGCAACAAACCGAAGAGCCCACAGUUGCAUCCCCGCAGCGAUGGUUUGUCAACCCUGCCAAUAACCGACUGGACUUUGCCGCCUCGCCAUACGAUGCUGCCGCGGCUGCUGAUUUUGCCGGUAACGCGGCCACCCUGCUGUCCUAUGCAGCAGCUGGAGUAAAGACACUUCCACUGCCCACUACAGGGUGCUCAAACAGACCUCUAGGUUACUAUGCCGACCCUUCCGGCUGGGGCACACACACACCACCCCAGUACUGCAGUAAGUCUAGCUCUGUGCUCUCUUGCUGGCCAACAAAUUCUGUUGGCAGAACAGGCACGUCCAACUACCUGGUUGAUAACGCGGACACCAUCCCAACAGAAAGGUCACCCAACGGAGGGUCUAACGAGGCAAAAUCAAAAGACUUAUCCGAAUCCAGCUGGAUAGAGACGCCGUCUUCAAUCAAGUCGAUUGAUUCAAGUGAUUCUGGUAUCUUUGAGCAAGCUAAAAGGAGAAGAAUUUCACCGUCUGCCACACCGGUUUCGGAAACAGUGUCCCCGUUGAAAUCGGAGAUCUUGCCUCCAAGAGAGUGUGAGAAAAAUUGCGUUAAGGACAUUGGUUACUAUAGUUUCUAUCCACACAGUUAAACAACCACAAAACGGGGGGGGGGGGGGGGUUCUAUUUAGAUUAAUCUAUCUUUAUAUGCAACUGAUAAUAUCCAACUAAUAGGCCGAUCAGUUAUAAUGCACACCCUGUCUUGGACCAAUAUUGACGAACGUUUAAAAAAUGUCGGCUUGUAGCGCAUAGGCCUACUGGGAAAAUUUAGGCGACGUUUACAUUUAACAUGAUUAGUUUGCUAUAUAAUAGCUGAAGGCCUAAAUGCCUAUUUAUUUAAUUUAAACUAGUUUUAAUCAACAGCUAUUGUCUAUUGUAAUUAUGAAAAUGAUGUACAUAAUAAGCUAUUUAACCAUUUUGUGAUAUUGUGAAAUGAUUGUAAACUAUUUAAUUGAUUUGUAAGAUUCUGAAGAAUAGAAAUCGUUGUUAGUUGUGUUUUAAAAACGCACAUCGUAGGCCUAUGAUAUAGUCAAGUGAUCUCAUACAAUGUGAUUUUUUUUUAAACGAUGGAGAGAGAGUCUAUGAUGGCUAUUUCGUUGUGUAACAGAGUGAGAUCUGAGUACAUGUAGCCUAAUUAUUUAUGUUCCCAUUGUAGUACUCUUUGCCCAUAAUGUUCAAUCAGUGUCCGUAGAAAACAAUCAGAUGUUAGACAUUUGAGGACACAGCCAUUUGAUCAAACACAAAAUAAGACAGACAUUCCUUAUAGGUGUGGUAAUAAACGUUAUACAUGUUAAUAUAGUGUAAUUUUUACUACAUUACUAAGAGAAAAAACAUGUAAUUUUCAAGUCUUUCUCUGACCAUCCAUCAUUUUUUUUUAUAGCUUGUGUUUUAUGUGGAAGCUUCUGUAUCUGCUGUAAUGUGCUUCAUUGCAAUAAACGAUAUAAAAGCUAA